GUCACUGUCGUCUUCUUCACUCUCCAUGAAUCAAACACAGUCCUCCUCCUUCCCCCAGCUUCUCGUCCUUACCUCUCCGAAAUUCGACUGAACAAAAUAAACCACGUAGGCAUGACGAGUCUUAGCUUUGACGAAUCGAAGACGCUAUUUGCGCUGUUGAAAGCCGAGCAAAGCCCAAUACAUGAGAUCGUGUCGGACUUUAUUUCCAGAUUCCCAUCCCAUCGGCUUAUCCAUGUCUGCCAUGCACUCUCCUUACUCCUGGAGGACAAAAAGAUGUUAAAUUCUACUGAACGUUUGAUAGCAUUUGCCAUGCUUCAUCAGAGUUGUUCAACCCAGCAACCUUCUGGAAACCCCUUCAUAAGUUUUAUUGUAAAUGCUGCUUGUGAUGAUGAAGCUGAAAAGUAUGAGAGGGCAUUUGUUCUACAGUUGUUGGGCUCUGUUGUCUCUAGCAGUAGCAAAGAGUUUCUUGAACAGCCUGCUACUGGCUACAUUACUGGCUUUGAUCCUUCAGGUCAUGUUUUCCCAAAGCGUGAACAGCUGCUGCAGCAGUACAGUGAUAAAGUUUAUCCAGAGCUAUAUAAGGGUUUAUAUAGUACAGCCUCAGUAAAAAAUGUGGUGGCAGAUCCUGAUUUACCCCGUGGUUGUGAUGCAAAUUCACCAGAGUUUGAUUUGCUACCUGGAGCCAAGCCUAAACUUGGAUCUGGAGAUAGGGACGAGAUGCUUACUGGACUUUUGGCGAACGUCUCGUCUGAUGGAUUAGGUCCUCAGCUGAUCAGGCCUCUUCCACCUAUGUUACAAAUACUGCGUGGAGAUCUAGUGUGGCUCACCCCUGACAACAAUCAUGAGCUUUCAUGGGAUCAUGGCAUGUGUGCUGAUACCAGCAGGGGAGCAGCAGUUAGGAAAUUAAUUGCGAAAGCUUUGAAGGGAGCACUUGCACCUAAUCAACAAGAGCAAGUAUUGGUUGAGUUGUCAAAUGAUCCAAAACUAGUCUAUCAUUGUGGACUUACGCCAAAAAAACUACCGGAUUUGGUGGAUAACAAUCCCCUUAUUGCGGUUGAAUUUCUUACUAAGUUGAUCAAUUCACCUGAAAUUGCUGAGUAUUUUACAGUUCUUGUCAGUAUGGAAAUGAGUCUACAUUCUAUGGAAGUUGUAAAUAGGCUCACAACAGCAGUUGAACUUCCGAAAGAAUUUGUACGCCUGUAUAUAACAAAUUGUAUAUCAUCUUGCGAAAACAUCAAGGAUAAGUACAUGCAGAACAGACUAGUUCGACUUGUUUGUGUUUUCCUGCAGAGUCUAAUCCGAAAUAGGAUUAUCGAUGUUAAGGAUCUGUUCAUUGAAGUCCAAGCCUUUUGCAUUGAGUUUUCGCGAAUUAGGGAAGCGGCUACAUUAUUUAGGCUUCUUAAAUCCUUGGAAUGAAUGAUCUGUUCCAUUUUCCCUCCUAUUUUAUCGUGGGAGACAUGUUGGAAAUCAGAAUGUUACCAACCAGCAUUAACACGGUACGCGUACAUGUGACAUUGGGCUGUGAUUCUAAGGAUAAAGACUAUUAUUGCUGCUCUCAUGACAUUAUAAGAGUAUGGUUUUACCUUUUUUUCAUUAAAUAAGUUAGUUAAAUUAUAAUCAUGUAGAAUAUUUGCAAAUUGUUGGGAAUCAAUUUGCAAAGGCUUUAGUGGGUGUUAAAGUUGUAUGUUGACAUAGUUUUGGAAAGUAGAUGUGAGAAAUUCAAGAAUCUGUACAAUUGGGUUGGAACUUUUGGGUUGAACAAAUAUGUCUCCUUUUAUAUUGCUGAUAGUCUUUAACUUUUAGGUUGA